CCUGGGAAGGCGAUGGCGCGGAACAUGUACGGUCCCGGGGUGCGGAUGGGCAACUGGAACGAGGACAUCUACCUGGAGGAGGAGAUCAUGAAAGACUUCUUAGAGAAGAGGGAGAAGGGACAGCUGCUCAUACAGAGGAACAGAAGACUAAAGAGCCAUCUUCUGCGGCCGAUGCAGCUCUCGGUGACGGAGGACGGCUACGUGCAUUUCGGGGACAGCGUGAUGCUGGUGAACCCCGACCACCCCGAGGCCCAGGCCGACCAGUUUCUCACCGGAGACCUCAGCCUGUGCCUGACUCCGGACGAGGUCACAGCCCACUUGAGCGACCGGUUCGAGCUGCCCUGCGGCCUGAGCGCAUCGCCCACCAGGUCUCCCGUUGGCAGGAACACCUUCACCGUGUUGAGGGCGGACAGAGAGGCCAUCGGCCAGGUCCUGCGGUUCGGGCAGAGCUUCCGCCUGGGGAUCACCCUGGGGUGCGAAGACCAGAUGGUGUACUUGUCCAGCGACCUCAGGACGCUCCUGCGGUCGGCCAAGAAGUCCUGGCUCCAGGAGGUGUUCCUGACCGACGAGGACUCCUUCCUGAACUGCUGGCAGGCCGCCCACCCCGACCCCGAGCUGCGCCUGGAGUGGGAGGGCCUCCCCGUCCCGGCAAACACCAGAGUCCUCAUCAAUCACUGCCACACCAACCGGGGGCUGGCGGUCCACCGCUAUCUCUUCCUAAGGACCUACUUCGGGAAGGAGGCGGAGGUGGCCGCGCACACCCACCUGGACUCCCACCGCGUGGAGAGGCCGCGCAACCACUGGAUGCUGGUGACCGGCAGCCCCAGGAAGGAGGCGUCCAGCAUGCUGGAUGUGCCCGAGCCGCGCGUGGAGCGCGCGCCCGCCCCGGGGCCCAGUGACCGCAGGCGCGCUCACCAGGGGGAAGGGGUGGUGGAGGGGGGUGCUGUCCCAGGUUCCCAGCCCCCUGAGCAGGUUUUGGAAUAAAGCGAUAGCCCAUGAUUGAGUUAGUGGUGCGGGGUCUGGAACACCGUCAGUCCUGGGAAUAGCUCAGCCAGGAAAGGGGCACGCGGGUCCCUUUGUUGGUGACCAAACGCGGCAGAACCGGGCUCCUGCGUGUCCCUGGAAGGCGCGUCUGCAAUAAAGCGCGAGGACUGUUCUGAGCUUGGCCGUGCGCUUCCUCCCGCUCCGGGCAGUGUCCUGAGAUCCCAGCGGUGGCCGCUGUGAGCCGCGGCCGGCCUUGGGGUUGACCAUGUCCCCUUGUCCUUUCCGCUCUGCCUCCGGCUUAGGGGCAGCAGGAGCUCUACCUGACCAGCCACGUGCUAUUAUUAUUAUUAUUAUUAUUAAUUAUUACUAGAGGCCCGGUGCAUGAAAUUCGUGCACGGGUAGUGUCCCUAGACCUGGCUGGUGAUCAGGGCCGAUCCGGCUGCCGGCCGGGGCCUGCCUUCAUUCCGCACCGCCCCCUGGCGGUCAGUGCAUGUCAUAGCCAGUGGUCAAACUCCCGAGGGCACGAUUUGCAUAUUAGCCUUUUAUUAUAUAGGAUUCUUUUAAAUAUAUUUUCAUUGAUUUUUUUAAUAUUUUUAC